AUGAUAGUUGAAUCGCGAAACCUACCAGUUCCUAUAACAAUAUCUUUAAUUAAACCAAAAAAGCACUUCAUAGGCGGCGUAAGAAAACCGACUGAAGUUAAUAUUUUAAAAACUAUACGUUUUCGAAGCCGAAAGACUUUAGACGCACCUCCGCGCCAAAGAUGUAAAAUCAGAAACAUAUGCCGCUGGUACAAAAGGAAACGCGCUUUAAAGCAGUUGAUAAAAGAACACAGACGAGAGCAAGAGAUCCAGGAAAGAAAGAACUUCGAAAAGACGCGCCUAAGAGAUUUCAUUCUUUGGGAGAGUAUCAAACCAAAAGUAGAAUAUAAACCGUCAGUUGAAACGGUAAAUAAAUACAAGGCCCCAACAGUUAAAAGGAAACCUCCGCUAGAAAAACCGAUUAAAUACAAACCUCCGCCGACAGUAUUAGAAAAUCGAUACAAAUAUCAAUCCGCACCGGUUCCCGAAAAGGAGAUAACUUAUUAUAAGCCCUAUUAUGAACCAUAUGUUCCAAAAGUUGAAAAACAGCAGAAAUACAUGGAGCCUGUGAUUACAAAAGCAAGGGAUUGCGGAGGCAUUUGUUUGAAAGAAAAACCGACAAAACAAGCGCGCAAAAAAUCGAAAUCGAUAUCCGUUAAAAAGUUGUAA